AGGAAACUUGAGAAGAUGGAAACAUCAAAACAACCAACACUCUCUCUUCUCACUCGCUAACCCUAGAGACAAAAGACACCGACUCUGAUUUUGUUUAAAAAUUAAAAUAUGGUUACUAGUUCCUCCUAUCUUAUCUGCUCCAAUCAAGCUUCUCUGCACUCAGAGAUCGCUCUUUCGAACAGCGUCGAAACCGUUCUGAAGAGAAUCUACGGGAAACACAAUCACCAUCCGAUAAAAGCCGAGACAAGACGGAGACUCUCUUCGAUCCCACAUGAACUGGCUUUGGAAACGCUCAGUAAAGUUUUCAAUGUGGACUAUGUUAAAGGAACCCUUGAUGGGUUCAUCAAAUAUCUUCUUGACCAGACCGUUUCUUCUGUUUAUGGCUCUCCGCUUCAGUGCUCAGGAGAGUCUCCUGUUCUGUCUCCUAGAACCCCAGGCAAAAAGUGUUGCAGGAAGGCCAUUGUAGGAGCAGAGAUGUCUCUUCUUGAUUAUGAAGUUCCUUCUCCCAAGUCUUUGAAACUAGAAGUUGAGGGAGGUUCUACUCUGCACGUUCCUCCUCAGGUCUUAGCUUUGAGUGAGCUUGAGUUUAAGAAGGCCUUUCUGCUGCUUAGUUAUAUUCCAGGGAAAAAUCUGGGCCAAGUUAAUAUAACUGCUGAGGAGAUCAGACAAUGGAAGGAUUUGUCUAUGGUUGCAUAUGAAGCAGCGGUUUGGGACCGUUUGGGCCGGCAUUCUUGUCCAUCAACAGACCGUAGAUCGCUUCAGUGGGAUAGCGGGAACACGCAUUAUUACCAAUGCCAUGUUUCUCCCGACGGUAGUUACAGAUUCAAGGGUCCUCUUAUGGAGAACACUGGAACACACCUGCACAAUGUUUUGGGUGAUGAGAAUGUUCUAACCGUCAAAUUCGCUGACGUGCCAGGCGAGGCAACCUAUUGUAACGACAUAUACUCUACCUACAAAGAGAUUGCCAAGAAGGGUAUCAUGAUUGGUUUACGCCGUUAUCAGUUUUUUGUUUUCAAAGAUGGAGGAAAAGAAGAGAAGAAGAAAGAUUUUUCUGGAAAGGGAGUGAAGUGUUACUUCAUACGCACGGACUCUACAGCUUCGAAUGAUAUGGGACAACCCUAUAUCUUCUCUGGGAAGUCAAUUCAUGAAGCACGUAUGCAUUUUAUGCAUGUGCAUACAUUGCCAACUUUGGCCAAAUAUAUGGCAAGGUUUUCUUUAAUCCUGUCAAAGACAAGGAAACUUGAAGUUGACACAAAUGGGAUUGCCUUUCAGCAAAUUGAUGAUAUACACUGCCGUGAUCAAAACAAUAAUGAUGUUCUUGAUAAGAACCAGAAGCCUUGUAUACAUUCAGAUGGAACUGGCUACAUCUCUGAGGACCUUGCUCGGAUGUGUCCUACUGAUAUUUUUAAAGGGAAACGUGUCAGAAGCGACAAUAUGCAGGCACCUACUUAUGGCAAAGAGCCGCCUCUGCUGAUACAGUUUCGGAUGUUUCAUUAUGGCUAUGCUGUUAAGGGGACUUUUCUCUUGAACAAGAAACUUCCUCCUUGGACCGUCCAGGUUCGACCUUCUAUGGUCAAGGUGUCUGAAGAUCCAGCCUUGUCUAAUUUUAGCACCUUCAACUCCCUGGAGGUUGUCACAACAAGUAAUCCACCAAGAAGAACGAAGCUAUCAAGAAACUUGGUUGCGCUACUGAGCUAUGGAGGUGUCCCUGAUGAAUUCUUUUUGGAUAUCUUGCGCAACACGCUGGAAGAGUCCAAAACCGUAUUUGACAACAAACGUGCUGCCGUUAGAGCUGCUCGUAAUUAUGGGGAUAUGGACGAGUAUAAUGCUUUGCAAAUGAUCAUGUCUGGUAUACCACUUGAUGAACCACACUUGAAGGAUCAUCUCUCUAUUCUUCUAAACACAGAGAAGAAUGAUCUCAAAGCAGGAAAGCUUCUUGUUACCGAAUCAUACUAUCUCAUGGGCACAGUAGAUCCCACCGGAAAGCUCAAGCAAAAUGAAGUCUGCGUCAUCCUGGAGUCAGGUCAAAUUUCAGGGGAUGUACUAGUUUACAGGAACCCUGGACUACAUUUUGGAGACAUACAUGUACUGAAGGCUACAUAUGUUAAGGCCUUGGAAGAGUAUGUAGGAAACUCCAAGUAUGGUGUGUUCUUCCCUCAGAAAGGUCCAAGAUCUUUGGGGGAUGAGAUUGCUGGUGGUGACUUUGAUGGCGACAUGUAUUUCAUAUCCAGAAAUCCCAAGCUACUAGAACACUACAAACCAAGUGAACCAUGGGUGAGCUCUUCUCCUCCUAGUAAAAUCUAUACUGGUAGAAAGCCAAGUGAACUCUCACCAGAAAUGUUGGAAGAAGAGCUUUUCAGAAUGUUUUUGAAGGCAAGAUUUCAUUCCAGCAACGUUAUAGGGGCAGCUGCAGAUAGCUGGCUAAGGAUAAUGGACCAAUUCCUCACGUUAGGAGAUGAUAGAGUUAAGGAAACAGCUGAAAGGAAGAGCAAAAUGGUGAAGACUAUGCUAAAGGCUAUUGAUAUAUACUAUGAUGCUCUUGAUGCACCAAAAAACGGGGCUAAGGUUGAUCUCCCGUUAGACUUGAAGUUCGACAGUUUUCCACAUUACAUGGAGCGUAAAAACAAGAAAAACUUCAAGUCCACUUCUAUCCUUGGAUUAAUCUAUGACACUGUAGUAUCUCAGAAUGAAGAGGAACCCCCUACAUGUGAAAUCAAGAAACUCCAGUGUUUUGAAGAUGAACUGGUCCCUGAGUUUUACAUGGAGAAAUGUAGUCGCUGGUACCUGGAAUACAAAACUGAAAUGAGCCAGGCGAUGGAUGAGAAUAAUAAGAAGGAAUCAGCUAGUGAGGUCAUCCUGAAAUACAAGCAUGAGUUCUAUGGUGCGGCAGGGUUUGAAGAAAGCAAGAAAAGCCUUGAAGAGCUCUACCUACAAGCAUUGGCACUGUACAACAUCGUCUACGAUUAUGCCAUCAUAAAGAACAAAGUUCGUUCUUGCGGGUUUGUCUGGAAGGUUGCAGGACCGGUCUUGUGCAAAUUGUACCUUAAGAAAGCGGAGGAGAAGUCAAUCCCUUGUUCAGUUUCUGUGCUCAAAGAGCUUUGGGGUUGAACAUUGUUUACUGCUCUGUUCUGAUUGGCUAAUAGGGUGCGUGUUAGGCAAGUAUCUUAUUUAAGUAACCUAACUUGUAGACUAAGCUAUAUGGUGGUAAUGCCUUUGGUUUUAGUUCUAAUCUUAGAUUUUUCCUCGGGUGUACUGAUAAUUUCGUGUGUGUAUUUGCCUGUGGGAUAAAAAUAAUAAUGUUAAAUAAGACUAAGUUUGUAUUCUUUUCGACUUGUGGAGAGUCCUAUACGUCCUCAAGCUCCAUGACCUUGUGGAGUUCAGUGUGUGACUCGAAAUAAUAAUGCAAUUUCUCA